AUGACCCAGAGUGAUCGAGUUCGAUACUUGCUGAGCAAGGCCGCUCUGACUGGAAGAAUGGCAAGAUGGAUUUUGGCUGUAGCAGAAUAUGACAUCACUUGUGUUACUCCCAAUGCUAUUAAGAGCCAAGCACUUGUAGACUUACUGGCUCAAUUCCCAUCUGGUGAACAUGAACCUACAGAGGUACAUCUACCAGGUGAGGUCCAUGUCUCUACAGCUGCAGUUGAGACUUUUUGGGACUUAAAAUUUGAUGGAGCUUCCGGAGCCGAGAAAGGUGGAACUGGCAUAACACUAACUAGUUACAAAGAAGAGAAGUUUCAUCUAUCAUAUAAGCUUGACUUCGAAUGUUCAAACAACAAGGCCAAAUAUGAGGCGUUGAUACUGGGUCUAAUUGUUGUCCAAAAGAAAGGCCUUCGCAAUUUGAAAAUUUGGGGCGACUCCAAGGUAGUUGUCAAGCAAACAAUGGGCGAUUUCGCCUUAAAGAAGCCACUGUUGGCCCCAUACCACACCAUCAUCCAGAAGUUGCUCACCUAG